UAAGCGUGAACCCUAAAAUAAGCGUGCAUCUGACAGCGUAGUUCCCGUCGGUCCCCGCCAUGCACGACGGGGACGAUUCGGCUUGAACUCGUCGCCACCUCCAAUUUUAGAUAGACACGUCGUACAGUCAUCCACCGCAUCAUUCGAAAAAUGCGGCGGAAAGAUAGCCCGAUUUGCCUUUCCAGCCUGGGACUUUUUCCGCGUUCAAAGUGCAGUAGCGUGUCGGCGUCGUGAACAGCGCGAUCGCGCUUUGAUGUUGUGAAUACAUUGUCCCAUUGCGAGAUAGAGACAAUGGAGACGUUGAUUGUGCACUAUGAUCGUUUCGAGAAGAAGAUAUUGCAGAAUGUCGAGCGCAACGGUAUAAAACAUCGGCCUAAAACAAACACUGGAUUAUGGUUGGGCAUUUUAGUCGGCCUGAGCGCAGCGGUCACUAUAUUGAAGGAGGAAAACAGUUACUCCGAGAUAUGUCUGUUCGUAGGAACCACCGGUUUCAGCCUUGUUCUCUGUUCUUUCUGUCUUUACGCACGACUCUCCAUGCAACGGGUCGCGGCGAAGGACUUUCACGUUAUAUACUUUUUACCAGCGAUCGUGACGUCCAUACUGUAUCUGUUCGCAGCUAACAGAGGAUUAUUAACGAGUGUCACAUGGGGCCUAACCGUGGGAAGUUUGGGCACAUGGGGUGUCCUGCAACUAAUGUCGGCUUUCCCGUACUGCUUCACAAUGGGAGAAGCAACGGCGAUUAUGCAUAGUUUUAUUUUGUUUUCGAUGUCGGCUGUCACCAACUUACCCCUGCGAUAUCAUUUGCCCCCGAUUCACGAUAAUGAUAUCAGCACAGCUUUGUUGCAGGUUGGAAUUUUAUAUGUAGUGUCGGUAUGCCUCCUGUGUGGAUAUUUUCCUGUCCUACGUAGCACAAAAUACUUUUACUUAAUUACAGUCGGUCUCCUGUGUUUCGUAACUCUUCCGAUACUUUAUAUUAUUCUCGAUCAGAAUCCAGUAAUGUGGAUAAUCUCUUUUGUUUUUAGCAGUCACAAGAGGAUUGCAUUAGUCGUGUAUUGGGCGGUGUGCGUUGUGCUAAGCAUUUUCAUCAUAACGUACCAAAUUUCAUCAAAGUCCCGAGCUACAAGUUCGACCAGGAAGAUCUUUCACAUCCUGGCCAUGUUUGUGUACAUCCCUGGUAUGAUAUGCGACAUUUCAAUGUUGUAUCUUGCCAGUGGUGUGAUAUUUGCGCUGCUUAUGGGCAUCGAGCUAAUCAGACUUUUGAAAGUGCCACCUUUGGGAAAGGUUCUACAAGACGGAUUCGUUGUAUUUGCCGAUGAAAAGGACUUUAUGCUCUCCUUAACACCCUUGUAUCUAAUGAGUGGCCUGUCAUUUCCACUUUGGAUGCCAACCAGUAACUUGACAUUCCUGGCAUUAAUGAGCGGCGUGCUAACGGUGGGGGUCGGCGAUACCGCAGCAAGUUUCGUCGGCGGCAAAUGGGGCUCGCACAAGUGGGUGGACACGGACAAAACUAUCGAGGGCACCGUUGCAUGCGUGUUUUCUCAAGUUUGCGUAAUACUCGCUCUAACAUGCUGUGGUUUCAUCGAUGGUUAUUGGUUAUUGCUCAGGAGCGUAUUGGCGGCUGUAGCGAUAUCGUUGAUCGAGGCACGCACAAAUCAGCUUCUUAAUAUCGAAAAUACUGUCAGAGAGCAUCCCUGGUGAUCAACACGGCGCCAAAAUUGAUCAGAAUCCUCUCUUCGGCCUAAUUGUAAUAGUCACCGUGACUGAGCUGAUUUUGUUCACUAGCCAGGUAAAGAGUUUGUCCUCGUAAUACUUGCAGAACAAUAUAUGUGGCUACAGUCUUUGAAAAAUUAGAGUAUCUUUAUUGUAACGUACAGUUGUUUACUUAUCACGUAUAGCAACGGAAAAGUACGAGAAGAUCUAUCAGAAGGUCGGGAAAAUGAAAUAACGAAUUAACAAGAACGAUGAUUUUCGAGCAUUUCGUGUCGACGAUCAUUAUAUUACAGCUUUGUCUGUCGGUCUCGGGCAAUCCUCUCCGUCGUCAUCCCCGAUAUCCUGAGGGAUUACUUUUUGAGACUGACGCAUGUCCGAUGUCCGUUUCUGCGGGCGGAACGACGAUUACUCGCUCAAAGCUCCACGAGCACGACAGACGGAUGUACGUUGUGUAUCGCUACGUACUACUUAUUAUAGUCGUUUCUUACGCGUAUAUGUAUAUAUGUAUAGGUAAUUGUAUUUAUAAUUAUAUAGCAAUUAAAUAAAUAUCCUGAAUAUU